GCGUGAGUUGCGUGAGGUGAAAUAUUGCCCAGGUCACGCAAGAGUUGUCAAUCACAAUGAAUUCGUUGAUGUGGUCGCUUUUUGUGAGUCUAACCUACCACGCAGUGUCUGGACAUGAGCAUCAUUUUAACAUAAAUAAAAAGGUAAACGAUUGUAACAUUACUGGCGCGUGGCGCAAUCAGCUGGGCUCAACCCUCCGCAUUAAGGCGGACGGAGCGGAGGUCACGGGUGUUUAUCAGACCGCGGUGGAAUCCACCCGUGGCUCAGCGGGCCAGGAACGAUCAGCAAGAAUCUUCGGAGUGGUUGGUGAUGGACCACAACCCAUUGUUUCAUUUGCCGUGAUGUGGGAAAAAGGCUCAUGUUCUGCUUGGGUUGGUCAGUGCUUUAUUUUACCCGAGGGUGUCCCGGUACUGAAAACCUUUUGGCUGUUGCGCAGCAAAGCUGAUAAUUUAGCAGUCGACUGGGGAAGUACCAGGCUGGGAGAAGAUCUUUUCUUCGUGACUUAAAUUUUAAAUCGAUUUUGUACUAGAUCUCAUAUCACUUAUUUAAAUAAAGUCAGUGAUUCUUCAGUAAGCUUAUGUAUUGAAAGACAGAAAUCCCUUAAACAUAAUAAAAGAGCACUAAAUGAUUUGUGACGGUCUCUGAGCA